AGCAAAGCCCGAGGACUCAAGGCCAGACCCAAAGCUCGUAGAAAGGCUUUAUCUUGUCCUUUGCUCCGCUAACACGGUUUUUUGUUUCUUUGCACUGUCCAUCGCCGCAGUGGCUGUAAGUCUGCUUGAGCCUCCAACGUCACCCUGCAUCGCCCACACCAGCUGGGCCAGCUCCGAUACUCGCUCUCGCUCCCGCUCAGCUCCACCGCGCAAGACAGCCACCACUACUAAAUUAUAAUUACACAAAUGAUAUUUCGAGAGCUGUAGCCGGUUCGUAGUUGCAGUCUUGACGACCCCUUUGCGCCAUGGCUUCCAGCGUGCUUCGUCCGAUGGCUUCGGCCUCGGCUUCGGCUACGCCCGAGCUUUGCGCAGCUCCGCGUCUCUUUGCGACACACACUUUGCGACUCCGAGACUCAAUUGCCUUGUCCCGUGGGAGGCAAUGGCACAGCUCCAUCCCCUCGGCCUCUAGUCACCGCGCACUCGUUCCGGUGCUCGCCAAGUCUGUCGCACUUAUUCGGCACGCCUCCGCCUCCGCCGUCGCAACCUCGUCACCUCCCGACCCGAGCACCUACUCGACUGUUGUUUUGCCCCCAUCCACGCCCUACAGUGAGCUCGCAGUCGGCGUGCCCAAGGAAAUUUUCCCCGAUGAGCGGCGUGUGGCUCUCACUCCUGCCAAUGUCAUCCUGCUAAAGAAGAAGGGCUUCGGCAAGGUCUUGGUCGAGCGCGGGGCUGGCACAGCCGCUGAUUUUCUCGACGCUGCCUACGAAAAGGCUGGCGCAACUCUUGUCGACAGCAAGGAUGUCUGGGCCAAUGCCGACAUUGUCCUCAAGGUCCGUGGCCCUGAGCUCCGAGAAGUCGACGCCAUCAAGGAGGGCCAGACCAUCCUCUCCUUCCUCCAGCCUGCCCAGAACAAGGACCUCGUCGAAAAGAUUGCUGCUAGAAAGGCCACCACCUUUGCCAUGGACAUGGUGCCUCGUAUCUCACGUGCCCAAGUCUUCGAUGCCCUGAGCAGCAUGGCCAAUAUUGCCGGCUACAAGGCCGUCCUCGAGGCAUCCAACGUCUUUGGAAGAUUCUUGACCGGCCAAGUCACUGCCGCCGGCAAGAUCCCUCCCUGCAAAGUCCUAGUUAUUGGUGCCGGUGUUGCUGGUUUGAGCGCUAUCGCCACUGCUCGUCGCAUGGGUGCCAUUGUACGUGGCUUUGACACGAGACCUGCUGCGCGUGAGCAGGUCCAGUCCCUCGGCGCUGAGUUCAUUGAGGUUGAGAUGGAAGAGGACGGUGAUGGCGCCGGCGGCUAUGCCAAGGAGAUGAGCAAGGAGUUUAUCGAGGCUGAGAUGAAGCUGUUCAAGGAGCAGGCUAGGGAUGUCGACAUCAUCAUCACGACUGCCCUGAUUCCCGGCAAGCCCGCCCCCAAGCUCAUUACCAAGGACAUGCUCGACGUUAUGAAACCCGGAAGCGUCAUUGUUGACUUGGCCGCCGAGGCUGGAGGCAACUGUGAGGCUACCGUGAAGGGCAAGUUGGCGACUUACAACGACGUCAAGAUCAUUGGAUACGCUGAUCUGCCAUCCCGGUUGCCCACCCAGUCAUCCACGCUCUACUCUAACAACAUCACCAAGCUGCUCCUCUCCAUGGCCCCAAGAUCCAACGAAUUCGGCAUCGAUCUGGAGGAUGUAGUCGUCCGCGGAUCCAUUGUCACUCAAAACGGCCAAAUUCUGCCUCCGGCUCCCAGACCAACCCCUCCUCCUGCACCAGCCAAGGAUGAAGCCAAGGCUGUACUCGUUGAGCCCGUUGAGUUGACCCCGUGGCAGAAGAAGACGCGCGAGGUUGCUGGCAUCACCGCGGGUAUGGGCGGUGUUUUAGCCCUCGGAAAGUUCACCAGCCCGCUGCUCAUGUCUAAUGCCUUCACCUUCUCUCUCGCUAGUCUGAUCGGUUACCGCGUCAUCUGGGGUGUCGCCCCUGCCCUGCACUCACCGUUGAUGAGUGUCACCAAUGCAAUCUCCGGUAUGGUCGGUGUCGGUGGUUUGUUCAUCCUCGGCGGUGGAUAUGUUCCAGAGACGAUCCCUCAAGUUUUCGGAGCUCUCAGUGUUCUUCUUGCAUUUGUCAAUGUUGGUGGCGGCUUCGUCAUCACGAAGCGCAUGCUGGACAUGUUCAAGCGACCGACUGAUCCUCCCGAGUACCCUUGGCUUUAUGGUAUCCCGGCUCUUCUCUGUGGUGGUGGUUUCGUCGCUGCCGCCUCGACGGGCGCUGCCGGCCUUGUCCAAGCUGGUUACCUCGCUAGCUCUAUGCUGUGUAUCGGUUCUCUCUCUAGCCUGGCCUCUCAAACCACUGCCCGCAUGGGUAACAUGCUUGGCAUGCUCGGUGUCGGCACCGGUGUACUAGCUAGCUUGCUCGCCGCCGGUUUCUCCCCCGAGGUUCUUGCACAGUUUGGUGGCCUUGCUACUAUGGGUGUUCUUGCUGGAUUCCUCAUCGGCAAGCGAAUCACGCCCACCGACCUCCCUCAGACCGUUGCCGCCCUUCAUUCCGUUGUAGGUCUCGCCGCCGUCUUGACCAGCAUUGGCAGCGUCAUGGCAGAAGUUGGAAGUGUAGAUAUUACCACACUUCACAUGGUAACAGCAUAUCUUGGAGUUCUUAUUGGUGGCAUUACCUUUACAGGUUCCAUCGUGGCCUUCCUCAAGCUUGGUGGCCGCAUGUCGUCUAAGCCCAAGCUCUUACCUGGUCGUCAUGCCAUCAACUCGGGAUUACUGGCAACCAACGCCGCUACCAUGGGCGCCUUUAUCACAAUGGCUCCGGGAAGCCCCAUGAUUGCAGCUGGAGCGCUGGCAGCCAACGCCGCGAUGAGUUUCAUUAAGGGAUACACCACCACGUCAGCAAUUGGCGGUGCCGAUAUGCCUGUCGUUAUCACGGUUCUCAACGCAUACAGUGGAUUUGCACUUGUGGCCGAAGGCUUCAUGCUUGACAAUCCACUGUUAACAAGUGUUGGAGCCCUGAUAGGCGUAUCUGGUUCUAUCCUCUCAUACGUAAUGUGCGUGGCCAUGAAUCGCUCUCUCACCAACGUCUUGUUUGGUGGGAUAGGAACGACAACAGCGGUACAAGAAUACAAACCCCAAGGAGAAGUUACGAAAACCACUGUAGACGAACUUGCAGACUCGUUGCUCAACUCUGAGUCCGUCAUUCUGAUCGUCGGUUAUGGCAUGGCUGUGGCCAAAGCGCAGUACGCCCUAUCGAGCAUUGUCUCGACGCUGCGUGCCAAGGGCAUCAAGGUCCGGUUCGCUAUCCAUCCCGUGGCAGGUCGCAUGCCCGGGCAGUGCAACGUACUUCUCGCGGAAGCGAGCGUGCCGUAUGACAUCGUUCUGGAAAUGGACGAGAUCAACGACGACUUCCCCGAUACUGACCUAGCUGUGGUGAUUGGCGCCAAUGAUACAGUGAACCCUAUCGCUAUGGAGAAGGGCAGUUCAAUUGAGGGCAUGCCCGUGCUUCAUGCUUGGAAGGCUAAGCAGGUGGUUGUGAUGAAGAGGAGCUUGGCGAGUGGAUAUGGUAAGUUCCCAUUUCUGGAAACGAGCAUUCGCUAACGAGUUACAGCGGAUGUGCCGAACCCCAUGUUCUACAUGCCCAACGCAAGAAUGCUGUUUGGUGACGCUAGAGUCACAUGUGAAGGUUAGUAUUCUGCCACAUUUCUCUGUCUCUCAUACUGACAACCGUGUAGCUAUCAAGUCGGCUAUCGAAU